UCACCAAAAGCUAACACAAACGUACCUGUCUGCAGUGUAUAUAGUAAUCUCGAUUUCGACUUUCAACACCAUCCUAUCCUCUCUAACACAUGCUCCCAGUUGUAUCCAAUUUUCUAUUCACAUCACAUACAAUAGUCACAACAGCUCCAUCAACUCUUUCUCUCUUCCAACCCUAAAACCUUUCUCCUACCCAUCACCACUACCUCCUUUUCAAUGUCCACCUCACGCUUUUAUACGCCGUUAUUCGCUAUCGUUCUACCUGUGGCUGUGGCUGCGAUUCUCUUCCGUCUUGAACCCUUCGAACCGGCUUUGUUGCCGGUUCAGUUGGGCCAGUCCGUCGUGGUGGUUCCCGCACGUAACGACCGCGCGCGAGUUGGAUCUGAAGCUGUGGGCGAGGGACAAGUUGAGGGCCCCGAAGACUUGGCGUACGACGCCGAAUCACGUGUUGUCUACACUGGGUGUGAGGAUGGGUGGAUCAAGCGAAUCACGGUGAACGACUCGGCUGUUGAGUCGGUAGUUGAAAAUUGGGUUAACACUGGAGGAAGGCCACUCGGGCUAACUUUGCUACACAACGGUGGCCUCAUCGUUGCUGACGCGGGAAAGGGAUUGCUGAGAGUGUCAAGUGAAAAGGAGGUUGAGCUGCUGGUAGAUGAGUUUGAGGGCCUAAAAUUCAAGUUAACAGAUGGUGUUGAUGUAGCAGAAGAUGGUACUAUUUAUUUCACAGAUGCAUCACACAAAUACUCUAUGAAUGGUUCUGUCUUCGACAUCUUGGAAGGGAAGCCUAAUGGCAGACUCUUAAGCUAUAAUCCAGCAACAAAGAAGACAACCCUGCUUGCCCAAGACCUCUACUUUGCCAAUGGUGUUGCAGUUUCACCUGAUCAGCAAUUUGUGGUCUUUUGUGAAUCUUCCCUGAUGAAAUGCAAUAAAUAUUACUUAAAGGGGCCAAAGAAGGGGACCAUAGAGAAGUUUUGUGACCUACCUGGUAUGCCUGAUAACAUUCAUUAUGAUGGAGAAGGACAUUACUUGAUUGCAAUGUUCACGGCCCUUACUCCUGAACUGGAUUUGGCAUUCAGAUAUCCUUUCAUUAGGAAGGUUGUAGCAAUUGUAACAAAAUAUGCGUGGAAUUUACCUAUCUCGAAGAAUGGAGGAUUUGCAAUCGUCGAUUUAGACGGAAAACUAACUGCACAUUAUUAUGAUCCCAAGCUAGGAUUGACCAGUGCAAUUAAAAUCGGGAAUCAUAUAUAUGCUGGAUCCAUUUUUUACCCAUUUGUAACACGUUUUGAUAUUGAGAAAUAUCCUGCUCUCCCCACAGUUUGAACAACAGUGAAAACCUUGUUUGUACAAGAGAAAAAGUUUUCUGUAGUGACAAGUUAGUGCCAUAAAAUGUGAUGUAUGUGAAAAUUCCAUUAGUCUGUUAUAUGUUUUGUAAUAAAAAUGGAAUUUCUUGCA